AUGUCUUUCCUAACUUCAGCUGUCAUUUUGUGUACUGCGCUUCUUUUAAAUGGGGCUUAUGCGCAAUACGUACAAUUGAGUCAACCUGUGGUACAAUUACCACAAUACAAGUAUGGCUAUGAAUUUGGAGAUGGAUUGGGAAUGAGCCAAUAUCAUCAUGAAUCUGCUGAUGGCGCAGGUUCUGUUAAAGGCAGCUAUGGAUACCAAGACAAUAUCGGAGUCUACAGAAAUGUGGAAUAUACUGCAGAUGCUGAUGGUUUCAAACCCAUUAUUAAGAGCAAUGAGCCUGGAUUGUCCAAUCACAUCGCAGCUGAUGCACCUUACAUUGUCCAGAGUCCACCACCAGCAGCAGUUCUUCAAGGACUGAGACCUGUGCGAAUCAUUCCUUUUGCACACUUGAAAUAA